GCCCCUAAUUAUGUACCUCCAUAGCUUGUUUUUAUUUUAAUACUACAUAUAAAACUUGUAUCCCUCUCUACUUUAUUUCAUGAGUUCCUUAAUUUCAUGAAACAUUUUUAGGGAUAUAAUUCUUUAAUCUUUAUGGCUUACUGCAUAAAUCAUGUGUCUCAACUCAUUCUUGCAUCCUAAACAUUUGCUUCAUCUACUACUACUAUUCUAGGAAUAUAUCAUCCUUCUCAAGAAAUUUGUUUUUACUCCUUUAAUCUUUAUUAUUGGGGUUUCACUAACUUAUUAUUAGUUGAGUUGCUUAUCCAAUUAAUUAAUUAAGCUCUAGCAUCAUUAACAUUUUCAUAGCUUUGUUUUUUCUUUUAUAUAGCUACCUUUAUUUAUGAGUAAUGGUUUAGAAGUUGUGAUGUUUAAUACACUCUGUUUCUGUUUUAUGGCUCAUAGGGUUUAAAAGGCAGAGAACAUAAAAAAGAGUGCAAAGAUGUUUACUUGCAUAAAUUGCACUAAAAUGGCAGACAGAGGUGAGGAGGAUGAAGAAGAUGAAGCGCGUGGGAGCACCACUCCCAACACUAAAGAAGCCGUUAAAAGCCUAACUACACAGAUCAAAGAUAUGGCGUCGAAAUUCUCAGGUUCUCAUAAACAAAGCAAGCCAACUCCGGGCUCUUCGAGCAGCAACUUGAGGAAGUUUCCGGAUUUUGACACUGCAUCAGAGAGUGUUCCAUACCCUUAUCCUGGUGGAAGCACGAGCUCCACUCCUGCUUGGGACUUACCAAGAUCCUCCUACCAUCAAUCUGGACGGCCAGACUCAAGAUUCACAUCAAUGUAUGGCGGUGAACGUGAAUCCAUCUCUGCUCAGUCGUGUGAUGUGGUACUAGAGGAUGACGAGCCAAAGGAGUGGAUGGCUCAAGUAGAGCCUGGUGUUCAUAUCACAUUUGUCUCACUUCCCAGUGGAGGAAAUGAUCUUAAACGGAUACGUUUCAGCCGGGAGGUUUUCGACAAGUGGCAGGCUCAGAGGUGGUGGGGUGAGAACUAUGACAGAAUAGUUGAGCUUUACAAUGUUCAAAGAUUUAACCGACAAGCUCUUCAAACUCCUGGUAGAUCCGAGGACCAGUCGCAGAGAGAUUCAACUUACACAAGAAUUGAUUCAGCAAGAGAAAGCAGAGACUGGACACAAAGAGACAACAACUUCAGACCACCAGGAGGCAGUGUCCCUCAUCAUUUUUAUGGACCUCCAAUGGACGCAGCAAGAAUCACCACCUCAUCGAGGGACGAACCGCCUUCAAUGAGUAAUGCUAGUGAAAUGCAAGGUGAGUGGGUUGAAGAGGACGAGCCUGGUGUCUACAUUACCAUCAGACAGUUACCAGAUGGAACUAGAGAACUACGCCGCGUCAGGUUCAGUCGGGAACGGUUUGGGGAAGUGCAUGCCAAGACAUGGUGGGAGCAGAACAGGGACAGAAUACAAACCCAAUACCUCUAAGAGGACAAAAAACGAGAUCAAUAUUGUAGUCUUCUUUAACACAACAAAGGUAUACACAAAAAUCAGAAUUUUGUUCAUCUUCUAAAAUUUUGAAGAAAAUCAGAAUGUGAUAUGAAAACAAAAUGAAAAUUUGAUUUAUGUUUAGAGAUUUGUAGUUAGCUACUUCUCGACGUUUUGAUAGCUAUGUAAUUUUCCUGACGACGAGAUGAGCUUUAUGCCUUCAUUUAUUGGUUCAUUUUUUGACAUGA